AGAGCGCCUCUCGGGCUCAGCUGAUACAGGGUUUAUUAAUUGUGCGCGGGUCGAUUUAUAUUGUUGUAAAACAGAUUGAACAGGUGAAAGGUUUAACAUUUUCACUUAUUUGAUAGCAUAUUAAAGUGUCUUUAUAUUGUAAACUUGUCUUGAAAUAAGCCUAAAGGUGUUUGCUUGUAGUCUUCAUCAUGAUUCAAUUGUCCGUGUGACAUGAUCUUGUCAAACUGUUUUCGAACGAGGGAACUUUAAACAAAUACUCAAAUUUCUCUGUCAGUUUGUUUCCCAACACCGACGACGCUCCUGCAGUUUGUCAUGGCCACGCGCAUACGACCGAGCAGUAAGAGGUGUGCAGUGAUCGGAGGCUCAGGGUUCCUGGGUAGACACCUGGUAGAGAAGCUGUUGGGUAAAGGCUACACUGUGUCGGUGUUUGACAUCAGACAGAGCUACGAACUACCAGGAGUCACCUUCCACCAGGGAGACCUCUGUGACAAACAGGCUCUCCUAACAGCGCUCCAAGGCGUCUCCCUGGUGUUCCACUGUGCCUCUCCAGCCCCAGCCAGUGAUGACAAGGCUCUGUUCCAGAGAGUCAACAUCCAGGGGACACAGACUGUCCUACAGGCCUGCACUGAGGCUGGAAUACAAAAAGUGGUACUGACCAGCAGUGCCAGUGUGGUGUUUGAAGGAACAGACAUCAAGGAUGGGAGAGAAGACCUUCCCUAUGCCAAGAAGCCCAUUGACUACUACACAGAGACCAAGAUAGAACAGGAGAAGCUGGUUCUGAAGGCCUGUGACAAGGAGAAGGGUCUCCUGACAGUGGCCAUCCGACCUCACGGUAUCUUCGGCCCCCGGGACCCCCAGCUGGUGCCCAUUCUGGUCGACACGGCACGCAGGGGCAAUAUGAAGUUCAUCAUCGGUGAUGGUUCUAACCUGGUGGAUUUCACCUUCGUGGACAAUGUGGUUCAUGGACUCAUCCUGUCAGCUGAGAGUCUGAGGCCAGAGUCUCCUAUCUGUGGCAAGGCAUACCACAUCACUAAUGACGAGCCUGUCCGGUUCUGGGACUUCAUGUCAGAUAUUCUAGUAGGUCUGGGAUACGCUGCUCCACGCUACCACCUUCCCUACGCACUAGUCUACGGGCUGGCUCUGCUGCUGUGGCUGCUGUCUCUGUUACUACGCCCCCUAGUGGCCUUCAAACCCACCUUCACCCCCAUGAGGGUGGCCCUGGCAGGUAAACACCACUUCUACAGCUGCUCCAGAGCCAAGCAGGACAUGGGGUACAAGCCUGUGGUCGGUCUAAAGGAUGGGAUCAGACGCACGGUGGAGAGCUAUCCUCAUCUACGACAUGGAGCCUGAUGACUGUACCUGCAAUAGGGUAGCCUGGAAACCAAACUGACAUGCUCCGUGUAACAAUGGUGAAAUGGAUCGUAUCAGUUUGGAUUCCAGGCUAGUGGUACAGAACCUCACUUGAGUCCUAACUUGAGCUCUAUGCACAUGAAUCACUGCUGUCAAUGGGAGAAAAGCAUUUAAAGCUGUGAGUUGUGUACAGUUAUCAAGUUAAGAUUCAACCCGAAAAGUCGGACUGAUUCAUACUCUCACCAGUGUCUUGAGUCUUGUUCUUUUAGGUAACAAAACUCUGAUAUAUUUGUGGGCCCAUAAUACUAACUGGGGGUAUACGCCUGUGAAAUGAGUGCGCUCUCAUGUCUGUGGACCUAUAAGGAUCUGUGAACUCUCACCUUUCCUAGGACAGUCAGUAACACAUUUUUGCCUGGCUUCAGUACCUCUCUUCACCAAUAGAGAGCAGCACACAUUUCUUCUCAAUGUGGAUACACAAUCUAACAUUGUUUCCAGCACUUCCUCUUGCCAUUAUUCAUGAGCACUCAUUUUGAUGUACUGUGACUGUUUUCCCUCUACAGCCAUCUUGUUUCUAGUCUCUCAUACAAGUCUCUUAUACAAAUCACAAGCAGUCAUGCAGUUUGUUAAUUUCAAAUAAAAUAUCUUAUGUCUUACUUUCCCUUAAUCUAAACAUUGUACAGUUUAUUAAAACGCGAACAUAGAAUGUGUUUGUAUAGAAAUCAACCAAUAAUAAAGUUUGUUCACCCUCAUUAGAAAA